UGGUCGCCCAGGGACUUUGAAUAUGUCGGGGAUUGCCCUCAGCCGACUUGCCCAGGAAAGGAAAGCCUGGAGGAAGGACCACCCUUUUGGCUUUGUGGCUGUCCCAACAAAGAACCCUGAUGGCACGAUGAACCUGAUGAAUUGGGAGUGCGCUAUCCCUGGAAAGAAGGGGACUCCAUGGGAAGGAGGCUUGUUCAAACUGCGGAUGCUUUUCAAAGAUGACUAUCCGUCCUCACCACCAAAAUGUAAAUUUGAGCCACCACUGUUUCACCCAAACGUGUAUCCUUCUGGCACAGUGUGCCUGUCCAUCCUGGAGGAAGACAAGGACUGGAGGCCAGCUAUCACGAUCAAACAGAUCUUAUUAGGAAUACAAGAACUUCUUAAUGAACCAAAUAUCCAAGACCCAGCUCAAGCAGAGGCCUACACAAUUUACUGCCAAAACAGAGUGGAAUAUGAGAAAAGGGUUCGAGCACAAGCGAAGAAGUUUGCCCCCUCAUAAGCAGCGGCCCUGUGGCUCCAUGACGAGGAAGGGAUUGGCUUGGCAAGAACUUGUUUACACCUUUUGCAGAUCUAAGUCGCUGCGUACAGUUACUAGUCUCCUGGGAGGGUUGAGCGGGCGCCAUUUUCCAUUUCCGCCACUGGCAUAUACAGUCUCAAUUCGCUGAAUUGCCCCAGUUUUUCAUACAGGGUCUCUUCCUUCAGUCUUUUGUAUUUUUGAUUGUUAUGUAAAACUUGCUUUUAUUUUAA